AUGAAAUUGACAGAACAAUGCAGUGCUGUCCUUCAAAAGAAACUUUCCCAGAAGAGAAAAGAUCCAGGCAGUUUAAUUAUUCUCUGCACAAUUGGAAGCUCUUCUUUUGAUAAGGCCCUCUGUGAUCUUGGAGCAAGCAUUAACCUAAUGCCGUUAUCAGUAUUCAAGAAGUUGGGCCUCGGGGAAGUCGAGCCAACAACAGUGACCCUACAAAUAGCUGAUAGGUCCCUCACAUACCUACGAGGGAUUAUUGAAGAUGUGUUAGUAAAGGUUGGCAAAUUCAUCUUCCCAGCUGAUUUUGUGGUAUUGGAUAUAGAAGAAGAUCAAGAAAUCCUACUGAUUUUAGGCAGGCCAUUUUUAGCAACUAGGAGGACAUUAAUUAAUGUGCAAGGAGGACAUUUGACAUUGAGAGUGAAUCAAGAAGAGGUGAAGUCAACAUCUACCAAGCAAUGA